AUGGCAGAGGAGGGGUUCGAAACCGCCUAUGUGCAAAUAGGCGGCGUGCGGAUCACCAAUCACGGCCUCAGCCGGUCCCACGGCGCUCGCGGCAAGUCGCCGCAUCAGAAACCGUGGCGGUCUCUGUCCCAACAUCAACCGCGGCUGCGGGCCCCCCGGCGCGCUGAUGCAGACAGCGACGGUGACGACGACGGUGAUGGCGGCGACGGCUGCAGCAGCGACGUGCUGGAAGAGGAUUUGCAGGACUACCUGGAAAAUGUACUGGGCGCCGCCGAUAUCGGCAGUAGCAAGCGGAGCGGCGCCGGUCGGCACCCCCCCUGGAGUUUGGGCUUUCCCGUCGGUGGUCCGAGAGACUUUGAGGAAUCCUCCGCAGCGGAGUUCCGAGUGCCGGUGGGUUUAGGCCGACGGCGAGCUCUUGCUGGGAUACAUGCAGGCGGCAGUGAUGGUGAUGACGGCGACGAGGAUGGUGGCGCGGAGGAGGAGGAGGAGGGGGAAGGGGAGGGGGACAAAGUGGUCAGGAGGGCUGUGGAAGGACUGGACAACGGAGAGGAUGAGCUGAGAGGGGAGGAGGAGGAAGAUGAGGACGAAGGAGGAGAAGAAGAAGAAGAAGAAGAAGAAGAAGAAGAAGAAGAAGAAGACGAAGAGGAGGAAGAGGAGGAAGAAGACGAGGAGGUGCGAGAUGACGCUGCGAUGCUUCGCAGGCUGCUGAUCGGCUUUGCGGGUCGAGAUCUGGACGAGUCGGAGGGUGAGGAAGAAGGCGGCGGCCAGGGCAACCUGUACGAAGUUCUGCUAGCGAGCGGUGUCGGCGGCGACAGCGACGAAGAUGUCCGACGAAGUGAAGGCAAUGACGAUGAGGAUGAUGAGGAAGAGUGCGAAGGUCUGCCGUACGGUCGGCGGCUCGGGCUAGGACGCCACGACAACCACCCUAACCACCGUAACCGUCACGGCAGCACCGCCGGUGGCCGCGGGCAAGAGCCUCACCGCACCGGUACCAUGCCUUACUAUUACGAGUACUUGUACGACAAUAAUGGCAAGGAGGAGAUGGCGGUGGUGGACGCGGCGGCGGCGGUGGAGGUUGGGACCGGCACGUCACCGGGGGCUGACCGGGGGCGGCAACAGCGGCAACGGCAGCUGAAACAGGGCCAUGAAGAACAGGCCAGCGGCGGCGGCGGAGGUGGCGGCGGCGAUAACGUAGGGAAGCGGGCCGGCGGCGCCGAAGCGAAAGAGUCAGGCGAGGCGACGGCAGCUGAGGCAGCGGACGCUGGUGGACCGUCGGCAGGAAGGGAGGAGGUCGAAGAGGAGCUGGGAGGUGUGGGGCUCGCGGCCGCGGAGGCUUAUCCCACCGCUCAGAUAACCCGAUUUCCCUUCUUCAUAAAGACUCGGGAGGAGCAGUACCAGCAGCAGCAACGCCAACAUCAACAGCGGGAGUUUCCGCAGCAGCAGCAGCAGCAGCAGGAGGGGAGACAGAGGAGCGCCGUGAAGGGGGCGCUUGGCGGACUGCUGCGCCCGGGCGAGAAGAAGAAGCUGAAGAAAGAGAAAAUGCAGGCAGGCAGGGCUGAUGAUGGCUGGUUGUGCUCGGUGUCCUCUGUCCUGCCCUGUCGUGUCCUGGGGGGAUUCUGGAACGCUACUGCUCCUCCCUCAAAGCAAAGUAGAUGUAAAUGUGCCAAACGCGCGGCGCGGGAGGCCGUACGAGGCUUUGAUGUCGUACGAGUGGCCGAGCAAAUUGCGGAUUUCGUCUCCGGCGAGGGCGACGUCCUGGCUUUGGAUCCUAUGGGGAAGCACGGCAUGGCCGUGGCGCAGUCGCUGGCUGGUGUGUACGGCCUUAAGCAUUCCGUACAGGGCGCUCGCAAGCACAAGUUUUUGCUGCUGCAACCGACAGACCGAACCAAGGCGCACGAUGAUUCGACCCGCGUUAAGGUGGACAAGAUAGUGGCGGCUGAGCUCGUACGACAGCAGCGUGGCGCUGCCGCCGGUGCCGGUGUCGGCCCGGCGGGGAUGGCGCUUCAGGAUGUCACACCUGCAUCAGUGGCGGCGACACGCCGGCGGGGCGGCGCUGGGAGGACCCCAGCGGCGACAGGUAGCGGCGGGAAAAAGAGUCGUACCGGCGGCAGCUACAGCCAUCCCGUGGCGUUCGUACGCGGCGAGUCUGAGGAGGACGAUGAGGAGAACGAUGAGGAGCCUCCUGACGGGGAGGAGAGUGAGCAGGAAGAGGAGGAAGAGGAGCUGCAGACACACCGGGGCCUCGGUAUGACGGAUGCCCAGCGUGACUGGCUGGCGGAGGCAUUCGGUGGCCUGGGCUUCAGGUCCCGAACUGAGGAUCAGGAGGAUCAGGGGGAGCCGACGCUGGGCACUGGCACCCACACUGGUGUUGGUGGUGACGGGGACCCACGGCCUGUCGUACAAGCUGGUGGCGUGUCGUACUUUCGUGCGCACUUUCGCCUGGGUCCCGGUUACGAUGCCGAGGAUCGACAGAUGCAUGACAGGCGAACAACAGCGGCGGUGUCGCCUUCCGUCGCCGCCGCCGGUGUCGGUGACGACGGUAAAGGCCACCGCGGCUUAGGAUUUCGGUACAGUGACCGUACGACCGCGUCUCUGGAGGUGCCGCCGCCGCAGCAGCAGCAGCAGCAGGACGUGGAGGCGGAGGAGGGAGGAGGUGCAGAUUUGGGCGGGAAAGUGGACCUGCCUGAUCAGGAGUUGCCUGAUCAGGUCGCAGACGAGGGGGAAUGGAAAACUGUACCGCGGGCCCGAGUGAAGCCGCAAAGGAAAGGCAGGGCAGGCACAGGUGGGGCGGUGGUGGCUGGCAGCAGCAGCAGCAGCAGCCACGGCGCCAGUGGCCGUGGCGGCGCGAAUCAGCGGCUUUCCGCGCUGUCGAGAGCGGUGGUUUUGAACACGGCGGCGGGUGCGGCGGCGGCGGGCAGUGAGUUGGGUCGUACGGCACAGCAGGCCAAGGCAAUCGCUAGAAAGGCAGCCAAGGAGGCGCGCCGGCAGCAGCGCCAGCAGCAGCACUACCCGCAGGAGCACGAACAGUCGCCACAGCAGGGUACUCCUGAGUCGUUCCUUCCUGUGGGCGACAGCCCUGGAAUGGAAACGGCCUGCCCUGCCUCCCUCAGCUACGAGUAUGCUUCCUUCGAGCGUCAUGGCACUGGCAUCGGCUCCCGACUGAUGGCUCGCAUGGGCUGGUCAGCCGGAGACGGACUGGGUCGCGAUCGACAAGGCAGAGCGGAGCCGCUGCGCGCCUUCAUACGGCCCAAGAGCCUGGGGCUGGGGGCGGAGGGAUGGCUGAACAGCCUGGCCAAGCUCAAUCUCCUCGCCCUCAAGUUCUGA